UACCAAAUAUACGACAUUCAUGAUGCAUUGUGAAGUUUUUAGCUAUCAGUACAAUGCGAAGAUCUGUCAUCUGUUGCUGCUCCAGUUUUGCUUGUAAUAACCUCCAUCGACGAGGAGGAGGACUCUGCUGCUGCUGCGGUCGGACUGAGUUAAAGCUGGGAUGGAAAUAGAAUACGAGCCGCUGUCUAAACACAUGCAUCCAUUAUUUCUGCAAGCCAGUCUCACUUCAACAUGAUGCGCGCUCGUCUACAGCAUCCUUCUCUCUCCUCCUCUGUGAGGUGGACCCAAUGAGGCGUUUCUGAGAAUACAGUAUCACCUGACGACGUCUACCUGGCAUCGGCUUAUUAAGAACAGAUGAAGAUGAUGAUAGAGGAGGAUGAAGCGGAGGCUCAUCAGGUGGAUAUGGAGUCGGAUUUGCUCAGCAGACCUCGUUCAUGCAUCUGGACGAACGACUUCUCAUGUGAGGUGAACGCGGAUCUGUCGCUUAAUUUCUCCAUAUUUAAAGUAGAUUCGGAUCAUGUUCCGUCACCGGCGUGCAGGAGGAGGAGGAUGAUGCUGGACGCCGGAGGAUUUCACGACUUCACGGGAGCCGCGCUGCGCAAAACCAAGGCGUCCUCGCGACGCAACGCGUGGGGAAACCAGUCGUACGCGGAGCUCAUCACCCGAGCCAUCGAGAGCACACCCGAGAAAAGACUCACCCUGUCUCAGAUCUACGACUGGAUGGUCCGAUAUGUGCCCUAUUUCCAAGAUAAAGGAGACAGCAACAGCUCUGCCGGAUGGAAGAACUCCAUCCGCCACAAUUUGUCCCUUCACACACGUUUCAUCCGUGUGCAGAAUGAGGGAACUGGCAAGAGUUCCUGGUGGAUGCUGAAUCCGGAUGGAGGGAAGCUGGGAAAAGCUUCCCGCCGUAGAGCUGUCUCAAUGGACAAUGGCAACAAGCACUUAAAGAGUAAAGGGCGAGUAAAGCGUAAGAAAAUGGCUGGCAAAGCAGAGCAGGGUACAGAGGCAUUUUUGGGGUUCUGUAGCUCUCCAGAGCAUUGCAGUCCCACUAGGAAGUCUGGAGCAGGUGGUGUGGGGGCUGGGGAGGAGUUUGAGACCUGGACAGAUCUCCAUUCACUAGGCAGCUCUUCAGCUUCAACUCUUAGUGGUCGUCAAUCACCAAUUCUAGCCAAGGUGGAAUUGGGGGAACCUGAAACAGAGAGGAUAUCCUGUUCAGCAUCUCCACACCUGUACCCCAGUCCCUCCUGUGCCACCUCACUUGCAUCACUCUGUCCUGCAGAUCUCAGAGCAACAGUCAGCUACCAGCAGCACUCAUCCCCAUGUAAUAAACAGCCUUCUUACCAAUACACCAGUGGAAUGAAGGGCCAGGGCUCUAGCUGCGAGACAGUUUAUGGCCAGCCAGAUGUGGGCAUGGUUCGGCACAAUUCCUCCAUGAAGAAUAUUGAGGAGAACUCCAGUAGUAUGCAGGCCUACAAGGGCACUCUCCAGGGUUUUCUGACCACAGGACCCCAGUUCCUUGUCAAGGACAUGAUACUUGGGAAAGAGAAUGGGGUUCACUCAAUGUUGGUUGCUCAAGGAUCCAGGGAUCUGAAUCACAGUGAGAAUAAUGAACCGACCACUAACCCUUCCUCCAAACCAUUUCACAGACACAGCAUUAUUCAGAAUUUGACCCAGAACCAUCAGCCUGCAUUGGUCCACUCUCAGCCCAGUGAUGGACACAUGCAGUCUUACAUACAUAAAGCCCCUUACCUAAAUAGUCCCAGGGUCAAUGCACAUCUUCCAGCAUCCACCACUCUUCCCCCAAACCCUGCAAGCAUCUCACAUGACUCCUGCCACCUUGCUACAGCUCCAUACCCACAAUGCCAUCCCUAUAUUUACACAGAUCCAUAUCAACACAGUAUGGCAUAUGAACUGUACCGCCAACCUCAGGGGACGGGGACAAGUUACCACAACUACCACCACCCUCAUCAGGUCUAUCCACAUGAAUGGCUGCCAGCAGACCUGGAUAUGGAUGUAUUCUACAGCAGCCUAGACUGUGACAUGGAGUCUAUACUUUUACAUGACAUUAUGGACCCAGGAGAAGAAAUUGAUUUCAAUUUUGAUUCCUCACUGGCUCAAGGAAUGGGCAUGGGAUUUGGUUUUAUGGGCACACAGCAGAGCCACAGCAAACAGAGCUGGGUUCCUGGAUAAAUGCCACAGAAUCACUGAAGAAUGUUUUCUUAAGACAUAACUACCUACAUGCCAGCCAGCAGUGGAGUCCAAACACUCCACCAAAAUUCAGGUGAAUACACUGUGCUGAUUCUGAAAUGAAAACAAGGUAGAAGUAUCUCUUUUGAAAACUGACUUUGAAUUUAUGUUGUCUAUUUAAUACUGCUUGUAUGUCCAUGUUCUAUGUUGUGUGUCCAUGUAUUGAAAACUACUCUGUUCCAUUUUCUGUGAGAUUUGCUGACUGAACCAUGGUGACAAUCUAAGCUA